CUAGGCAAAAUACACUUACAUAGCCAUAAUUUUAUACUUUGUGACAAUAAUAGCCAAUUCAAAAAAAAAUACACAGAUAUAGCCAUUCCGUCGAUAACUUUGACGGCACUACAGUAAAUGCUUAUUGGACUAACUUUUUUUACGACGUGGCAAUUUUUCGUCAAAAAUCAUGUUAGGUGGAAAUUAUCAAUUUUCUUUAAGUUUAUUAAAAACUCCUAACUAUUUUUCUUCAGUCCCUUUCACUUCUUCCCCUUCCUCUUCUCUUGAGUUUCCACCGCCGCCGCUGCAAAUCAUCCAGCCGCACCUACCAGCUCCAUCGCCGACUAGAAGCCUAGUCGAUUCAUCUUCCAUUUUCUCGCUGAAAUACUCAUCCAAUAACCAUUAUUCGCAUCGACGAACAUACGCCAGUCGACGGCUGAAGAGAGGAUGAGAAAGACAAAGAAGGAGCACUCUGAAGGGAAGACGAAGACGAGAUGCGAUACGGAUAUGGAGAUAGGGUGCCAGAUCUAGAAGUCGGAGUGCCGAACAGGGAAUUGCAGCGCCAGAUCUGAAGGAUCUAAGAAAUCCAGUGAUGAGUAGGCGUGGAUUGGGGCGAUUUGUGAUGGGUUAGUACCCGCCGGUUGUGAUGGCUGCGGCUUCAUGAGUUUGGUUCUGGUAUUGGUGGCGAUGGUUUCUCUUGUGGCGGUAGCGGUGGCGGCGGCGGCGGCGGCGAUGGGUCCUUCGUUGGCUCAGUUUGUGGAGGUGGCGAUGGGUCCGUUGCUCCUUCUGCUUCGGGAUUCGUCCGGUGGUGAUCCACCACCAUAUGGUGGUUGUUAUAGCAGGCCGGAGGGAGGUUCUGAAUUGGAUCAUAUGAUCGUUGAGGGACAUCGAUGUAGUGAUCAUGAAUCCCUGUGAAACAAAUUCAUCAUUGAUGAAGCAAAAAUCAUGUGGUAGACAAGAAGGGAGCAGCCAAACCAGACGAGAAUGACAAAUACCACUGGCUUACGACACCCAUCCAAACAAACCCUUCAUUGUUAAUUAUUUUUUUUUUUUUGUGGGAAACGAAGCGCUGAGGGUGCUCCAACCUUUAAUUGUUAAUAACCAACCGUGGGGUCUGGACCCCAAUCAAGUCGUGGUACAGCC